UCACAAUCUUCUCUGUCUUAAGCAGAACAUCAAAAAGUCAAUAGCGUAAGCCGGCAACCAAUGAAAAAGUGCAACAUUUAUUUUAUGCUUGAAUUUAUUGGUUGUAAUUUCACCAUCUGGAUACCAAAGGCCGAUUUGUGCUGGAAUCUCAAAGUUAAACUUCUUUGUAGCAUUCAAGACAUAUCCGAGACUUCUCUUUUUCUCUUCACUUGCUGUGACGUUGUAAACUUCAAUUUCAGCCAGGUCAACUGGUAUAGCCUCAGUUUUAACAUCUCCAUCAACAAGCAUUGAUCUUAUAACACCUUUUGCAGCACCAAUAAAUAAACCAGCAGGUCCAUUAAGACUAUCAAUCCAGCCAACACACGGUUCCUGAUAUGAUGGGAGUACAAUCGAUGGACGUACGAUGCAAAUUGGCAUUCCAUUGCGAUAUUCAUUCCGGCAUAAAAUCUCAGCUAAACGUUUUGUAAUUUUUUCAUCGGGACAGCAAAAACCAGUCGAAAAAUGAACCAUCAACUUUAGAUCCGGCAUUUGUUUUGCAACUUCAAUGACAUUGUAAGUUCCAACAAGAUUCAU